AUGAACUUGCUCAUCAAGUUACUCUACAACUACUAUAAGAUAAGGAUUUUGUCAAUCUAGAUUUGUCAACAUUCAUACCCAAUUUAUGAGACUAAGGACAAGACUAUUGUAUAAUCAAAGGAGAUUUCCUUAUAUUUAUUUCAUGUCCUUCUACAUCUUAAUCAUUGGUCGUAGAUGUGGAUUCCUUAAAACAUUAUCUCUUAUGAAAAUGUUACUAAUGUUUAUAGCUACCGAGGAGACAGAAUAUUAAGUUACUAUUAUGAUGGUUGGGAUAAUGUCUAAAUUAGAUCUUAAAGUCUCAGCUCCUCAUCUCCAAAAUCCUAUAAUCUAACAUUCUUUGAUAGUAGAAUUCAAAUUGCCAAAGCAAUUAGCAGCUAUGAUGAAGAGUACAUUGAAGGAACAAAUGAUUUCACACCUCCGAUUUUAUACUCUAAAUUCAUGGUUACAUCUUAAAGAUUACCGAUCUCGAUCAGACCAGGUGCUAAUAAGCUAGACUUAAUUUAAAACUAUUCUUUCAUUCAGAUGUGCUCAAGCUAGAUAGUAACAUCAGAUAGACUCAUUGCAAUUCAAUGUGAUAUCAAUGGAGAAAUUCACAUUUACGCAAAAAGUGGUUUUUCUCUAAUACUAAGACUUAGGAUUCCAACCUAAUGGGCAUUUACUGAGUUUUAGAUAAGCAAUUUUACAUAAAACACUAACUUCUUUAUGAUUCAUAGAUCAUAUCAGAAUUUUCUUUUCUUUCAAUUGACUAAUUAUACUUUUACCACAUCAAGCAUAUAGAAAGUGGUGAACGGUACAAUUUAGACAAUAAAACUUAUGAUACUUAUCUACUCAAACAAACGACAAGAAAUCCAUUCUAGUAUAGUUAUUCGUAGAUUUGCUUCUAUGAUUAAUAUCAAGACUCUAGAAAAAAAUGUAGGCCAUGUUCAAUUAACUCUUAUUCUCUUACAAUAAAUCCUACUCAGUGCUACUCGUGUGCCAACAUUAAUUAGCUAAACUUAGACCAAGAUUCAAUUCAAAAAUUAAGAUUUUUAUGUCUACCUGCUUAGGAUCAUAUCUCCAAAUUAAAGAAAUAGUGAUUAACUGAGUUUGAGCUCCAAUUAAGUAAAGGUAAAUAGAAUAAAUGAGUUAUCUCCUGAGAAUGUUUAUCAAGCAGAUAUAAAACCAGAGGGUAGUACUGAGAAAGAUUGCUGUGUCAUCUGCUUUGAUGAUUUCAAGUCUUUUGAUAGAAUAAGAACAACUUAGUGUAGUCAUAUAUUUCAUUCAAAGUGUAUGACAUAAUGGGUUGAAAGUUAACUUAAUACUUUUAUGCAAUACCCAUCACAUCAAAACGAACCAUUUUGCCCAACAUGUAAGCAUGAUUUAACCAAAGAAAUAGAAAAGAAAGCAACUGCUAGAGAAGAGUAAAAUAAUAGAGUAUCCAACAUUUAAGUUAAUUAGGAAAAUGCAAAUUAUGGACCUGAUGAGGAUUAAAGUAGAUCUCCCUUUGUAAUGGGCCCACAACCUAACUCAAUGAAUAAUGUUCAUACUAUGGUGAUGAGCAUUGAAGAUAUGCCAUUAGACUAGGAUAAUAUGUGA